UGCGUCAUAUAUGCGAAUGUCAAGCAUGUCAAAUGUCAAAUAUAAGAGCCAUAUUUAAUUUUUUAAGUCGAUCAUCAAGAAACGAGAGUGAAAAAGUGAAAGUUUUUCUUAAUUUUUACACCUAUUUAUUAAUGUUCAAGUCCUAGGACUUAAAAGAAUAGAAGAUAAUUAGUUUUAUGUCGAAAUAUGCAUUUAACGCUUUCCAAACAAUCGUAUAGAUGAGGAUUACCAAAAUGAAUUUUAUCAUUAAUAUAUUCACCAUAUUUGCCACUGUGACAUUAUGUUGGGGAAGGAAACAUAAUUUACAAAUUACGAAUGAUGCCCGCAAAUUUAUUCCAUUGAGCAAUUUUGGAUUUUAUAGUGGAGGUUCACUUUCUGUAGAAUUAACAAAUUUUACCACAAAACCUGAAAAUAUAUCGGCACUAUUUGGUUUCAGUUUAGAUAAAACUAUCAAUGAUGGCGUAAAUCCCUAUCUCGAUGGUCAUGAAGAUAAAUGUAUUUUACAACAAACCAUAGAGAAACCACAAACUGAAGAAAUCAUAUAUUUUAUUUUGGAUCUUAAAGCUAAAAAGGUUAAUAUAAAGUGUUGGGGAAAACAACAACAUGUCCAUAUUUCAGAGAAAAAGGUGGAGGAGGAAGAUGAAGAAGAGAAAAAUGAGAAUGAAAAGUUGUUGGUAAACUUAAAAUCUGAUUGUUCUGAUUUGAAAUUAGAAUUAGUGUCAAAAAUUGAGCAUGGACAGACUUAUUAUAAUACAUCUUUUGUGAUGUACGUCAGAAAUCUAGAAGAAGAAGGAUUGUACACCUUGAUAUUUCACAACUGCCCUGGCUAUCACAACCAAGAGACGCACGUCGAUUUCAACAUAAAAAUAGUCGAACAAAACCCGAGCAGUUUUCUUUCGGCCGGCGAUAUGCCAUUACCCGCCCUCUAUUGCAUGAUGUCGAUACUAUUUUUGCUAUCUGGCAUGUUUUGGGUGUUUUUGUUGAAGCAAUCCAAGCACCCCGUCUUCAACAUCCACUACAUGAUGGCUGUGCUGGUGUUUUUGAAGGCCAUAUCUUUGGCUUUUCAUGGUGUCAACUACCACUACAUUGAACGACUGGGAGUACAUUUAGCUACAUGGGCUAUACUGUUUUACAUAGCUCAUUUACUGAAAGGGGCGCUGUUGUUUGUUGUUUUGGUACUGGUGGGAACUGGCUGGACUUUCGUGAAACACGUGCUGUCGCCCAGAGAUAAGAAGCUGUUUAUGGCGAUCAUACCACUGCAAGUGCUUGCCAACGUAGCAGAAAUUAUACUUGAAGAAAGUGAGGAAAGCGCCCGGGAAUAUUUGGCGUGGAAAAACUUCGUGUAUCUCAUCGAUUUGGUGUGUUGCGGUUUCAUACUGUUCCCUGUCGUGUGGUCGAUUAGACAUCUACAAGAAGCCUCCCAGACUGACGGAAAAGCCGCCAUGAAUCUGAGGAAACUGAAGCUGUUCAGGCACUUUUAUGUCAUGAUCGUUUGCUACAUUUAUUCAACUAGAAUCAUUGUUUAUUUGUUGAAAAUAACGGUGCCGUUUCAGUAUGGUUGGCUGCACGAAAUGUUCAAGGAAAUGGCGACGUACGUGUUCUUCGUGCUCACGGCUUACAAGUUCAGACCAGCGGCACAGAAUCCUUACUUCGCUUUGACCGAUGACGAAGACGAUGAGGUAGAAAUCCUUACAGAGUCCGGAGCAAUGGAAGGAAUGAAGAAAGUCAACUCCAGGAUAACGAAAGUCCCCUUACACCAACAGAAUCUGACCGAAGUGACGGAAGAGGAAAAGGACGCGCUAUUGGGCCAACGUGAGAGCAGCCACGAAUAUGAUUAGACUUUUUUUGUAUAUAUAAAUAUCUCUCGCUUAGUUUUCUACUGUGAUACGUGUUAGUACUGAUUAUAUAAGUGGUUAUUAGCUCAAUGGGAUAUUUUAAUGUGACGGACCGAGUGCGAAUGUCGUUCUUGAAGUUUCUUUUUAACUUCGUUUCUUUAAUAUUCGAUAAAUUCGCUCAAAAUGUUAAUUUAUUUUCAAUUGGGUAGCUCGGUUGAUAGUUAAAAAUGUUCUUUAAACCUAUUUUUAAUCGAUGCUUUAGUUUGGACUAUAUACUUUUUUCCCAGUACGUAAUUAUGUCAAAUUGUAAAUUUUAUUCUUUGAGUUGCUAAUAAUAAAUUAUCGUUAAAAUCGGUAUGAACAUUUCGGAAAUGAAGGUAGUCCUUCUGCAAAGCGAGAAUCUUAAAAAUUUUGGACUUUUCCACAGUUAAAUAAUUUAUUAUCCUAAUUUUUUUUUAGUCCUUUUGUAAUCGAAGCACUUCUAUUAUACAUACAUACCAAAAAAGCUGCGUAGUUGUAAUUUUGACUUCCUAUUUAUUAUACUUUAGCUUUUAACAUUUAAUCGAUAAUUUUUAUUAAAAGGAA